UCUCAGAUGUCAGAACUCUGAUGGAGGAUGAAGCCGUCCUGGACAGAGGGGCUUCCUUCCUGAAACAUGUGUGUGAUGAAGAAGAAGUUGAAGGUCACCACACCAUCUACAUUGGGGUUCAUGUACCGAAGAGCUAUCGCAGGCGGCGGCGCCACAAGAGGAAGGCAGGCCACAGGGAAAGGAGGGAGAAGGAAAGAAACUCAGAGAACUAUUCUGACAAAUCUGAUGUGGAGAAUGCAGAUGAGUCAAGCGGUAGCAUCCUCAAACCACUCAUCUCCCCUGCAGCCGAGCGUAUCCGCUUCAUCCUGGGGGAGGACGAUGACAGCCCGGCACCCCCCCAGCUCUUCACUGAAUUGGAUGAGCUCCUGGCAGUGGAUGGGCAGGAGAUGGAAUGGAAAGAGACAGCCAGAUGGAUCAAGUUUGAAGAGAAAGUGGAACAGGGUGGAGAGAGAUGGAGCAAACCUCAUGUGGCCACACUGUCCUUGCACAGUUUAUUUGAACUGAGGACAUGCAUGGAGAAGGGAUCAAUAAUGCUGGAUCGGGAAGCUUCUUCUCUCCCUCAGUUGGUAGAGAUGAUUGUUGACAAUCAGAUCGAGACGGGUCUCUUGAAAGCUGACUUGAAGGAUAAAGUGACCUACACUUUGCUCCGGAAGCAUCGGCAUCAAACUAAGAAAUCUAAUCUCCGAUCACUGGCUGACAUCGGGAAGACUGUCUCCAGUGCAAGUAGGAUGUUUUCCAACCCUGAUAAUGCCCGCAACCCGCUUGAGAACUCACUGCCCUGUCUAGCCACCUGCACGUUGGACGAUGAAUCCAGAGUGUGGCGCAGUCCCAGCGUGGGAUGGCUGAGUAGCCCAGCUAUGACUCCUAGGAAUUUGACUUCUUCAAGUUUGAAUGACAUUUCUGACAAACCAGAGAAGGACCAGCUAAAGAACAAGUUCAUGAAGAAACUUCCCCGUGAUGCAGAGGCCUCCAAUGUCCUGGUCGGGGAAGUGGACUUCCUGGAGAGUCCUUUCAUUGCCUUUGUACGAUUGCAGCAAGCUGUCAUGCUGGGCGCCUUGACUGAAGUUCCAGUGCCCACAAGGUUCCUAUUCAUUCUCUUGGGUCCUAAGGGAAAGGCCAAAUCUUAUCAUGAGAUUGGCAGAGCCAUUGCUACUUUGAUGUCUGAUGAGGUGUUCCAUGAUAUUGCCUACAAAGCAAAGGAUAGGCAAGACCUGAUUGCUGGAAUUGAUGAGUUCUUGGAUGAAGUCAUCGUUCUUCCCCCAGGGGAAUGGGAUCCAACCAUUAGGAUAGAACCUCCAAAAAGUCUUCCAUCAUCAGACAAAAGGAAGAAUAUGUACUCAGGUGGAGAGAAUGUACAAAUGAAUGGAGACACCCCCCAUGAUGGAGGUCAUGGAGGGGGAGGGCACGGAGACUCUGAAGAACUCCAGCGAACUGGAAGGUUCUGUGGAGGACUAAUUAAGGACAUAAAGAGGAAGGCACCAUUUUUUGCCAGUGACUUUUAUGAUGCUUUAAAUAUCCAAGCUCUUUCUGCCAUCCUAUUCAUUUAUCUGGCGACAGUCACCAAUGCGAUCACUUUCGGUGGACUGCUGGGGGAUGCCACAGAAAACAUGCAGGGUGUCUUGGAGAGCUUCCUGGGCACAGCAGUCUCUGGAGCCAUCUUUUGUCUUUUUGCUGGCCAACCACUCACUAUCUUGAGCAGCACAGGACCUGUCCUCGUCUUUGAGAGACUUUUAUUUAAUUUCAGCAAAGACAAUGGUUUUGAUUACCUGGAAUUCCGUUUGUGGAUUGGUCUGUGGUCCUCCUUCCUGUGUCUCAUCCUGGUGGCUACAGAUGCCAGCUUCUUGGUGCAGUACUUCACCCGAUUCACUGAAGAGGGUUUCUCCUCCCUGAUUAGCUUUAUUUUCAUCUACGACGCAUUCAAGAAGAUGAUCAAGCUAGCUGAUUACUAUCCUAUUAAUUCCCACUUCAAAGUGGACUAUAUCACUCAUUUCACUUGUGCCUGUGUGCCUCCAGAAGGAGCUAACGAGUCAACUUUUGGUGAUACGACCUCUUCUCCCAUAGAUUUAUUGAUGCCUACUUCUGCUGUUAUGAAGGGAGCUGGCUAUCAUCUGGAUCUCUUCUGGGUAGCCAUUCUUAUGAUAGUAUGUUCUUUCAUGGCUCUCCCCUGGUAUGUGGCUGCUACUGUCAUCUCCAUUGCUCAUAUUGACAGUUUGAAGAUGGAGACAGAGACAUCUGCACCUGGAGAACAACCCAAGUUUCUAGGAGUCAGGGAACAAAGAGUCACCGGAACUCUUGUAUUUAUUCUGACUGGUCUGUCUGUCUUUAUGGCUCCCAUCUUGAAGUUUAUUCCCAUGCCUGUACUCUAUGGUGUGUUCCUGUACAUGGGGGUUGCAUCCCUUAAUGGCGUGCAGUUCAUGGAUCGUCUGAAGCUGCUUCUGAUGCCUCUCAAGCACCAGCCUGACUUCAUCUACCUUCGCCAUGUCCCUCUGCGCCGUGUCCACCUCUUUACUUUCCUCCAGGUGCUCUGCCUGGCCCUUCUCUGGAUCCUCAAGUCCACAGUGGCCGCCAUUAUCUUUCCAGUCAUGAUACUGGCUCUUGUAGCUGUCAGAAAAGGCAUGGACUACCUCUUUUCCCAGCAUGACCUCAGUUUCCUUGAUGAUGUCAUUCCAGAAAAGGACAAGAAAAAGAAGGAAGAUGAGAAGAAAAAGAAGAAGAAGAAAGGCAGUCUGGAUAGUGACAAUGAUGAUUCUGACUGCCCUUACUCUGAAAAAGUUCCAAGUAUUAAAAUUCCAAUGGACAUCAUGGAACAACAGCCUUUCCUAAGUGACAACAAACCCUCUGACAGAGAAAAAUCACCAACAUUCCUUGAACGCCACACAUCAUGCUGAUAAAAUUCCUUUCCUUCAGUCACUUGGGAUACCAAGCCCUCCUAGGACUCCAGUAAAAGUUGUGCCUCAAAUUCAAAUAGAACUUGAACCUGAAGAUGAUGGUUGUUUCUGGAGGAGUAAGGG